AAUGUGGGAAUAGCUAUACUUGGAAAUAUCGUUAAGAAAAAAGCAACACCAAUAACUCUAUUGCUAUCUUCUGCGUCUUCAUUAUCAAUGAACAGUUUGCCCAAUGUUUUGAGUUUAAAUAAUGCAAUUAUUACAUGUUCACAAUUGAAAAGGCUAGCAAGUCAUCAUAGGCGAAAAGUAACUACCAAUGGAAUCAUCCAAGUUACGGCAUUAUACAACAAGUCGUCCAGUAAUGGUAGUAGUUUAUUUUUAAGAUAUUGGGUUUCCGCCGAGUCUCCAGAUUUGGGCUUUCUUGAAGCUUUGAACAGAAGAACAAAGAUAAUUGGGAAGAGUGUGCUAAGAAGUGCAUCAGACACAUCCAAUGUCGAUUAG